AUGGGCAGCACUGCUGUGGAGUUUCUAGGCUUCCUCAUUGGUAUAAUUGGAUGGAUUUGUGCCUGUGCAGUUACGGGAAUGCCUCAGUGGAAGAUCACACCGUUCAUCGGGAGCACCAUCCUGAACACAGAGAUAACGUGGGAAGGCAUUUGGAUGACCUGUGUCUACCAGCAGACGUCGGGCAGGUUGGUGUGCGACUCCUACGACUCUGUGCUUGACCUGACCGGCGACGUGCAGUUGGCGAGAGCCUUCAUGUGCCUGGCCAUUUCCUCCGGGCUUGUCGCCAUCAUGGUGGCCACGGUGGGAAUGAAGUGCACCUACGGCGCUGGGAACGACCGCAGAGCAAAGGGUUACAUAGUCACGGUUGGGGGCUCCUUUUUCAUCCUGGCCGGGCUGUGCGUUCUGGUCCCUGUGUCCUGGGUCGCACACAACAUCAUCAGGGACUUUUACAACCCACUGCUGCCGGAGAACCUGAAGUGGGAGCUGGGAGAUGCGUUGUACGUGGGCUGGUCAGCAAGCUGUUUCCUCGGCAUCGGAGGAGCCUUCCUGUGCUGCUCUUUGCCAACGGACAAUGAUGGCAGGCAAGGCCCCCGCACCGGUUACACUUCCAAUCACCCUUCACUGCUCACUCAGAAUGUUACAACUGACUACCCACUGAAGGAAUACGUCUGA